AAGAGGGAAGGUGGCGAGGAUGCUGCCCGCCGCCAAGCAGUUGCUCCGGGGCUGCAGGAGAAGGUGGCGAGCGCUUCAGCCCCCGGUGCUCCUCGCCGCCGCUCCUCUGAGAAGGGAAAGCGGCGGCUUUCUCCCAGCGGACCGGCUGCAGAUGCUUUGCCUGAGACAAACUGGAAAUCUAAGACAUCACAGAAGAGCACUUUAUAGCACGCUAGUGCCAUCUGAUGAAGUAACUGUACAUUAACAUGGAUUGCCUGCGAUAACUCUGAUACCCUCGAGAAAGGAACGCUGCCAGUUUACAGAACCGAUGCUGAUGACUGGGGGAGCCUUCUUGCAGGACAUACAGAGAGAGGAUAAUGCCAUUGAAAAGGUAGAAGUCUUCACAGCAGAUGGCAGCAUGAUUUCUUCUUCAACGUUGAUGGAGGUUCUUUUGAUGAAUGAUUUUAAACUUGUCAUCAAUGGUGCAGAAUACAGUGUUCAUCCUCCACUGAAAGAGCAAAUGAGCACAGAACAUAAACUGGAGAUGGAUGACAUCAAGUCUAUGGUCCACAAGUUGUUUACAGCACUUCAUUUAGAAGACCACCAGACAAGGAGAGAGAGGGAAUUAAUGGAAAAAAUGGAACUUCUGAAAGAAGAACUGCUGCCCCUGGAGCAGCUUAAAGCUGGAAUUACUACAGAUGUCGAUGCUAAGACUUCUCGGCUUCUAUGGAUUGGCUUAGCCUUAAUGUCAACUCAAGGUGGAGCCUUGGCAUGGCUUACUUGGUGGGUCUAUUCAUGGGAUAUCAUGGAGCCUGUUACUUACUUUAUCACCUAUGGAACUGCCAUGGCAUUCUAUGCUUACUUUGUGCUUACUAAACAGGAUUAUAUUUACCCAGAUGCUCGGGACAGGCAAUUUCUCCACUACUUUCACCAGAAAUCCAGAAGCCAGAACUUCGAUGUGGAUCAGUAUAACAAAUUAAAUGAUCUUGCAGAGGUGGAAGAAUCCUUGAGGCGGCUGAAGAACCCCUUACAAUUGCGUCUUCCUAUCCAAGAAAUAAAUGACAAACAUUAAUUUUUUUGAUAAUUAUUAGCCUUGUUGAAUUGCCUCGUAAGAUUUGAAACUGGAGUAUUCUGGACUAAUGUAGUCCUUCUGUUUUUGAAGGGGUUGGGGGGUGGCGAGGAAAUUGACAAGGAACAGCUAAAACUGUUUCUGAUAACCGGGAUUUCUUUUUCAUGUUUUACAAAGAAAUUCAGACUCCCCAUGUAUAUAGUUUGUUUCUUAAUACUGUUCACAAUGAAAAGAAACAUGUUUCAGCUACUAUUGAAUUAAUAAUGCAUACAUACUUGAUUGAAAGAAGAGACAAAAAUGAUUUUAAAAUUUUUAUUUUAAUCUGGAAACCCCUCUAUUUGAAUGUAACUUUCAUAAUAAGGUAAAUAAAAAAUGCAUUGCUGUUUUGGGCUUAUUUUA